AUGAGCUAAAAGCAAGUAGCAUCUGUCAUCGUUUUUGGCGAUAUUGGUAGAUCACCAAGAAUGAAAAAUCAUUCAACAUAAUUGGCUUAAGCUGGUUAUGAAGUUUAUUUUGUAGGUUAAUUAGAAAAUUAGGUGCAUAAAGUAAUUAGAGACAAUCCAAAUAUAAAAAUUAUUGACAUAUCUUCAAAUCUCGUCAACAAACUUAAAAAAUUACCAAGAUUCUUAUAUUUGCUUUAUGCUGCUCUUAGAAUUAUAAUUUAAAUAUUUUAGCUCUUUUACAUCUAUCUUUUCAAAAUGCCUAAACCUGAAUUUGUUAUAAUACAAAAUCCUCCUUCAAUUCCUGUACUUUCUUCGUUGGCCAUAAUUUGUUUCAUGAGAAGAAUCAAAAUGAUUGUAGAUUUUCAUAAUUAUGGAUAUACUAUUUUAGCAUUAGGUUUGAAACAAAAAAUUAUUUUAAAACUGGCUACAUUCUAUGAAAAAUAUUUUGCUAAAAAAUGUGAUUUCGCCUUUUGCGUUUCUGAUGCUAUGAAAGCCGAUUUGAAAAAAAAUUGGAAUAUAGAAGCAACUACCCUUUAUGAUAAAGCUAAUACUGAGUUAUUUGGGCCCAUCUCUCUUCAGGAAUCCCAUAAGCUAUUCCUUGAACUUGGUUUAAGCAUUAAUUAAAAAGAAACACUUUUCACUGAAGAAGUGAAUGGAAAAAUAAUAAAAAAGUAGUAAAGACCUCUACUUUUAGUUAGCAGUACUUCUUGGACUAAAGAUGAAGAUUUCAGUAUUUUAUUAGAUGCUAUGCAAUCAUAUGAAACUGAAAAAGAAGUAAAUAAGCAAAACUCUUUGUAUCCAAAGCUACACCUUCUUAUCACAGGAAAAGGACCAGAAAAAGAAAGAUACGAACAAAUAAUUGAAGAAAGGAAGAAAAGUUGGAAAAAUAUAUAAAUAUAAACAGUUUGGCUAAAAGCAGAAGACUACCCUAAAUUGUUGGCUAGUGCAGAUGUAGGAAUAUGUCUUCACUACUCUUCAUCUGGUCUUGAUCUACCGAUGAAAGUAGUAGAUAUGCUUGGAUCUAACUUACCUGUUUUUGCAAUAAAUUACUAGUGUAUUAAUGAGCUAGUAGUUAAUCAAAAAAAUGGUUUUAUUUUUGACAACACUUAAGGGUUACUCAACUUGUUUUUGAAAUACUUCAAAAUGCAUCCAGAAAAUGAAUUAACAUUUGAAAACUUGAGAAAAAGUGCUUCUAAAUUUAGAGAGAGUACUUGGGAAAAAGAAUGGCAAUAAAAAGUGUUACCUAUUUUAAAUUAGAUUAAACAAUCUAAAAUUAAUAAAAAAAAAUAAUGA